AUGGUAGAAGAGUGGAACGCAAAUGCCUCUUUCUCAUUUUAUUAUAAACAGUGUGCUCCUCAAGAAUGUACAUAUACAUAUUCCGGUCAUAAUAAUGUCGUUUAUAUUGUGACAACGAUCAUUGGAUUAGUCGGCGGUCUGACAAAAGUGUUACAAGUUAUUAUUCCACCAAUAGUUAAAUUUGUGAGGAAAAAAAAGCGACCUAAAGAAGAAGUUGCAGGUAAUAAGUUCAGCAAUGUUUAUCAGGAGGCCAAGCAAUAUGUGAAAACGUUUAAUAUAAUAAAAUCAUAUCCACCUCCAAUCGAUCCCCACGACAUAAGAAAUCAGUUAAUAUCAACUCGUUUAUUUGUGGUUUGUCUGUUAGCAGCAUUAUUUAUACUCACUGUUUACACGGCAUUGAUUGAUGUUACAAUAACACAUACGGUUGCUUCGCCACCAUUGGAGCAAUACGAGAAACUGUACGAAAACUAUCCCUUAACACUCUUCUGUCCAUCAAUGAAUUCGUCAGCACCUAGUCGGUAUCAUAUAAAUUCAACUCUAAAUGAGAUUGUUUCUCUCCUAAUGGUAGAAGAGUGGAACGCAAAUGCCUCGUUCUCGUCUUAUUAUAAACAGUGUGCUCCUCAAGAAUGUACAUAUACAUAUUCCGGUCAUAAUAAUGUCGUUUAUAUUGUGACAACGAUCAUUGGAUUAGUCGGCGGUCUGACAAAAGUGUUACAAGUUAUUAUUCCACCAAUAGUUAAAUUUGUGAGGAAAACAAAGCGACCUAAAGAAGAAGUUGCAGAACCAUUUCUUGCUUAA